AUGUAUACUUUCCAGGGUCUGAAUGCCACCGUGCCCAGGGAGGUAGAAAUUGGAGUGUGCACAGUCACAUGUGGGAUUGGCAUUCGAGAAGUUUUGUUAACCAGUGGAUGCCCUGGGACUGAAAAAAAAUGUAUUGUCCGUGUGGAGGAGUGCCGGGGACAAGUAGACUGCGGAUGGGGAAAACCAAUUUCUGACAGCCCUGACAGCGUGAAGAUGCUGUGUAUUUUUAUACCUCCUGAAAAUCGAUUUAAAUAUGUUUGGAAGAUGUUAAUUCCAAACCAGCCAGCACUCAUUCUUCCCAAUGAUUCAGCUAUUAUGGAAGUACGCAGAGAUACCCAUCCAAUUACUUUCCAGUGUGAAACUCAAGAAAAGGGAAAUGUAAUUGCCUCUGUAAAAUACACAGUCUACACUACACCUGACCUGGAAACAAGACAACCAAGGAACACAAAGAAAAAUAUAGUUCUGAUCUUUUCCCUGGUAACUGGAAUCAUUGUGAUUGUUGGUGUGAUCUUUGCAUUAAUCUUUAUAAUUCUUCACUGGGCUGCUUUAAAAAAUAUUUGGCAAUCAAAAUUUGCAAAAGGCAGCAAAGACAAACAGCGGGCCAAAAAAGGUUCACAAAGAAAUGUGGAAGAAACAGCCCCUUCCUCAGGGUCAGGAUUGGCUUUGAAAGGAAAUGCGCCUGGAACGUCAGCUACAGUGUUCUCACCAUCUCAGUCAACAACAGCACAAGAAGUGCCACAGCCCUCACCCACAGAGAAUGAAGUACAGGAGUCCGCCCAGGACUGGCGGAAUGAAGAAAAUUAGAAAAAAAGACUGGGUUACAUAGCUAUAUGAUAUAAAAAAAGAUUAAAUAUACUUGAGAUGCUGGUUUUAAGAAGUGCUUUUUAUAGUUCAUUCACUGGCUUGGAUGGCUAAACUUUAAAUGAGAUGGGUAAAAAUACUUCUGUUUUAAGUUGGGCAUCACUCCCCAGGUAAUUUCAUGGUCUGGGCACCUCUGAAUUGGAGGACCAGAGCCAGAUUUUUGGGAGGAUCUUGAAAAUGAUGUGUUCUCUAUGUUGCUGGUUUCAUAUAGUUUAGGCAAAGACCAUCCUUCGUAAAGCGCCCUUAUCUCACUGUUGGUCUUCAAACACAAUACCUACUAUGUAAUCACUAUGAUCCAGUUUCUCCUUGAUGCCUGGAAGGGAAUAUAAUGAUAAGAAAGAUACUGAAAGUUACUUCAAAAGUUUCGUUAAGAUACUGAAAGUUACUUCAUCAGUUUCAUUAAAUUUGUACUUGCAUAUUUGCACACGUAAGCAUUUUUGCCAACAAAGGGACCAAAAUACGUGAACAGAAGAGCAGCCCCUUUGGGUCAGAACAAAGGUUCGUCUAUCUCAAUAUCAAUGGCCAAAAAAGGAUGCCUAGAGAAGAGUACAAGAAAAAGACAAGCUUGUAUAAUGUUCUCCCCAUGUGCUCUUCCAGCCUCCUGCUAUUUGUAUAUUUUCAAGCCCAAUGCAAUUUCUAAGCAGAUAGCAGUCUUGAAUAGACUUCUUUUCCAGUAAUUGUUCGGCGCCCCCUUGUACCCAUGUAAACUUAUGUCCUCUACAACAUCCUAUGGCAACAUCCUAUGGAGUUCCACAGCACAACUAUGUCUGUUGUCCACUUUGAACCCACUGCUUGCUAGCUUUAUUCGUCACACCUGUUCUUGAAAAGGCAGUGAAGUGUCAUUCCCCACUAUGCUCUCCCUGCCACUGAUGAUCUUUUAGGCCCCCGUUAUGUUACCCUGGU